AUGGAGAACGACCGUGGCGAGAUCAUCGAUCUCUACGUCCCCCGCAAGUGCAGCGCUACGAACAGAAUCAUCAAGGCCAAGGACCACGGCUCCGUCCAGAUCUCGAUCGCCAAGGUUGACGAGAACGGCCGGGCCGUUUCGGGCGAGAACCACGUUUACGCGCUCUGCGGAUUUGUGCGCGCGAUGGGCGAGAGCGACGAUGCCGUGAACCGGCUGGCCCAGCGGGACGGUCUGCUGAAGAACGUCUGGAGCGCUCAGCGAUAG